CGAGAAAAUCAGGUUGGAGAGGGACAAACGGCCUGGAUGUCAGAGCAGAUUGAAAGGAGCAGGUUCCCUGAGAAUGAUGCUGUUAGUAGAGGACUUUCCUAGCUGGAUAAUUGUUGCUGAUUGAACUGCAAAGCAAGAAGGUAAUUAGAGUCCUGGCACUGGUACAUCACGACAGCAGCAGUGUUACCAUGGAGACUGGCAAGCCAGGAUUGGCGAGUGCUCCAGUGCACAUCAACUCCGUUGCAGCGCAGACAGAGAAAAGGAUGGACAUCCAGGCCCCGCUGACGGCUGUUUACAUCCACACAGUGCCUGCUCUACCAGCGCAGCCUUACCCACAUCCUCCUCCAGCUGCCCGGGAGCCAGCCACACUCCAUCUGGCCAUGCCGCCGCUUUACUCCAAGGAGACGCUUCCUUUCCUGACACUCCAUAUUGCUGGUGGGCUGCAGUCUCAGCCAGGAUUGAGUCUGGCAGCUGCUUCUCCUGCAGCCAGACCCAAGUCAGCAGGAAAGCACGUGUGUCCUCACUGUGGACGAGACUGCAUGAAGCCCAGUGUGCUGGAGAAGCAUCUCCGCUGCCACACCGGGGAGCGGCCCUACCCCUGCACUACUUGUGGAAUUUCUUUCAAGACUCAGAGCAACCUCUACAAACAUAAGCGUACUCAGGCUCAUGCCCGCCUCUCGUCUGAGUCAGAUCAGAGCAGCCUGGGCAGCCUAGACAGCAUGUCCAGCUCCAGAGAGACUUGUACCUCCAGUUUGUCUCUGGACGAGUCAGGCAGCAUGGAAAAGGAUGCCACUUUACCUGUUGCUGAGAUCACCUGUCCAGUCAGCACUGUUAAGGUCUACUCUGUAAAUAUGCAUGGUUCUGUCAGGGAACAGAAUGAGCUGACGCCUGCAGAUCAUAAGGCCAAAGAACCAAAUGAAAGUGCAAAGGUCACAACAGCAGGUGAAAAACAGAGGAUGGAAAAUGAAAAACCUACCCUGAGUCGACAUCUUCCCCUUCAGAGACAAGAAGCCACCCUGUUCUCCAAGCAGUGGGAGAGCUCUGUAUCCAGAGGAAAAUCGCAGAGCCAUGAGAGCACCGACUCAGGCUUCAGCGAGAGCAGUGACCACUACCCAAGCCCCGGCAGCAUUUUACAUGAUCACAGUAUGGAUUCCCUCACUGAAUCCACCAAGGAGCAUCUUUUGGAAACCACCAACAAACAAGAACCAAGCCAAGGUGGACAGGAACAAAAAGACACUGCAAGGGAGCAGGAGCAAAAGACACUAGAGGAGCGUAUAUCUAAGCUGAUUUCAGAGAAUACAGCUGUUGUUGAGGACAAACAGCUGGAAAAUGUAAGGCCACGGAAGACAGUUCUGUCAAAGCAGGGUAGUAUUGACCUUCCCAUGCCAUACACAUACAAGGAUUCCUUUCACUUUGACAUGAGGAUUAAUAAGAGUCCGAAUGUUGGGUUACAAAGAAACAGGAACCCCGGCUUUUACAGCUCUGUGCCCACUCAGCACUCCACCACCACGGAGCAUGCCCCCUUAACCCGCAGCAACUCCCUCCCUUUCAGCGUUACCCUCCUACAGCCUGAGAGGAGCACCCCAACCUCCUCUUAUCAGAGUGAUUAUGUAACACUUGCCCGGAGGGGAAGCUCUGGGCAGAUCAAUCCAACAGGUUUUGCGAUCAAGCCUAUGAACCAGCAGUCAUCCACCCACCGCCCACUGGUCCGGCAGUCAGCCGUAGACUGCAACCACGCAACAGACGGUCUCUACAUGAAUUCAUCUGUGGAGGAGGCGUGCACCAGCAGUCUUAGCUGCGAUGGGGACGGCGGUGACAUUUGUGGAGAGCCAAGCAACAGAAAGUUCCGGAGGAAGAAAGCACAGAAGUUUUCCUACAACAAGUGGUACGUGUAUGGGGGAGGAACUUUUAAGAAGCUCUACAAUGCUGAGAAAGGGGGGGAUGACAGUGUUAUCAAAGGCAGGAAAUGUUCAACGAACCCAGAGCCUGAGGUUGUUCAGGGCUUACAAAAAAGGUUGUCAGAGGUUCAUAAGGAGACAGUGGCAACAGCAGGCUCAGCAAUAAACUUCACAAGCAGCAGUGCAAUAGCGUGUCAUCCGGACUGCCCUCCUGCCAAACUAUCCCUUGUCUCUGCUGUGGAUUUUAAUCUAAAAACCAGCCAGCUUCAUACAUCAUGCAGCUCUCUCAAGAGCCCACUACGGAGAAAUCUGUCUUUGUCAGUACUGCCAUUACCUUUAAUUGGAUCACUGGUUAGCCACAAAACAGACAGCAUGAGCAGAGCAGAGGAUGGGAGAUUGAUUAAUGAAGACAAACAUACUGACUCCAGCUCGCAGCUCUGUGGAGCCCAUAUUCCCUCUGACAGGAAAAAGCCAAAAACUGAUGACAAAAUAAUUUGCCCUCUAGAGAUGGAGACCGACACAAACACACUGACUCAUCCCCCUCCUUCUGUCACUGGCAGUGCACCUCAGCAGGAUACAAAUCUCAGUAUGAUCAACCUUCAAAAUAAUCUAAAACAUACACAGCUCAAAGGAGCUAUUUUCCCACCACGCAUAAUCGAUGCAAAUACAUCCUCUGUUAGCACCUCACCAGCCACUUCCACCCCCUCUGCUGCCAAGACCAGCUUCCUGCCCAAAUACCAGCUCAAGUUACCUAAUGCUGCUGAAUCUGAUUCAAAUCCUUCACCGCAUGUUGUGGAUAAACCGGCAGAAAGUGAUGGCAGUAAUUUCACCUCUGCUCUGUCAUUUUCUCACACUGAGCAAACCCCACUCUCAGUCACAGCUUCUGAAAAGAAAUGUAGUGAUCCUACCAUGUCACAGUUGAUGCAGAGUUGUGAUAUCAAAAAGACAAAUGUUUUCAGCUCCACACAAGGCCAGCUCCUCUUGCCUUGCACAGCCACUACCCUUUGUCAGACUCAAACAUCAAGUCUCAAUAAAAAUGUGUCAUCUAGCCUAGCUGUAGUGCACAGGCAAUUUGCAGCUACCACAAUAACCACAACCUGCCUACAAGAUUAUCAUGGAGGAUUAUGCUGCACUUCAAUACAGCCCUCACAGUCUGCAGGAGGCUUAGCACCUAUGCAGUUACCCAGACCUGUUGCACCUGUGGUUGCGAAUUUCCCUGCUACAUCUAACAUAACCACAGUAAACAAUCAAACCUCUUCCACCGUCAUCACAGCUGUCUCACAAGGUCAACCUAACCAUAACCCUCCUCCGUCACACACACAACUCUCGCCAGCAUCCGACCAGUUGAGCCCUCUAAACCGGGCACGUACCAGCUCUAACACCCCAGUUGUACCUUGUCACAUUGUACCGUUUGACCAGAUGCAGCCAGCUGCUCAGAAUGUGUUUCAUGUUCACACAGCAGACCUCCAGAUCUGCCUCCAGAUCAUAUCUGAUGAGCAGCUGGCUCUCAUUGAACCCCAGAUUGAGAGGCAAGCUGGCAAUACCCUCUCACAGAGACGUGAUACGGAAGCAGUGGCCCUGGGAGGGAUCCAGAAUAAAGCUCAAAGCUCCAUCACCAUGGAAAGCAGCAGUGAGGGAAGGGACCAUCAACAGCCAGGACAUCAAAAGGAGUUGGACCAAAGUGAGACUUUGGAGAGAAUUAAACCUUCAAUGUCUGUACAGUUUGGGAAGGCAGAGCCAAAUCUCCACUCAACUGAACAUAUAAUUUCCACACAGGCUACAGUAUCCAAUGAAUCAGAAUCUAAGCCUUCUGAAGCACCAGACUCGUCACAACGCCCACACAAAUACAGUCAUGUAAACAUGGACACAGAGACUCAGAGGGUUACAGCCAAUGUUAUGUCAACUGCUGCGUCACGCAAAGGUGUAAGGUCAGGAAGGGGCCAAACUUCAGAGGAGGAACAUACACUUUCUCUGAACCAUUGUGCUGAGGAGCAACCUUUGCCAGACAGGAGGGUCAGCCAAGGUGGACUGGUCUCUCAAACACUCUCUGGCCAACACAAGCUCAGCAUGACCUCUUUCUCUCCCACUACACUAAAUCAGAAUAGCAAGAGAAGAGAAAUACUGGGAAAUGAAAGCCAACACAAACUUAAAAAUCAAGGGGCCACUUGUAAUGUAGGCACGAUGAAAGCCAAGGGUGAAGCGUCUGCAUACAAAAGCAGUAAGUUAGAAAGUGGAGAAACCCACCCCCCUCUACUGGUUGGGCUUGGUCAGGCCUCCGGUGCUGCAUGUCCUGAUGAACUCUCUGGCUCAGUUUCUUCAUUUUCCAUCAAUAAAUGCAAAGCUCCGAGACAGUUGGACCCACAGGCAUCCAUUUACUGCAGCAGUCCAGUGGAAUCCACAUUGUCAGAGGCUCUGAAUUCAUCCAAACAUGCAAACAUGAGAUGUGACAGGGUGAGCCCUAUGGACAAUUCUGCCCCUACACAGGAAAUGACUCUGAGUGAAUCACAGAACGUAAUCAGCUCAUCCCACUCAGAAAAACAACUGGGUCAGUUUACUUCACUGUCUUCUAACAUCCAGGUGGAAAGACCUAAAGACAUCCCAGCUGUGCUUACAAGUAUUCAGAGUCCUGCUGCAGGGCUCAUAGAGGGAGACUCCCUGGCGGGGUGUGCAGACCAGAAGGAGCCGCAGAUGUGGGGACAUGGGGGGACCCCAGAGCAGCCAGACAGCACAGACUGGAGGCCAAAGCAGAGCCAAGAGGCUGGAGAGACAAACCACCAGCGUGUGGAGGGGCAGGGUGGUGGGGGUGUGGUGGGUGAGGAUAAGAACAGAGGAAUCGAGACAGCUGAGGAGCCAGGACAGCCGGGCAAGGCCGAUUCUAACUGCAGAUACACGUAUUUACAGGACGUGACAAAGCCAGAGGGAGAAGACAGAAAGGCCAAGGCAGAUUCCUUUAAAAACUCUUGGCUAUCGGAGCAGCAUCUACAGCAUCUUCCCCAGUCACACUCUGGAAUGUCUGAGUACCCUCAACAGAGCGCUCAGCAAGCUCCGAGCACGUCAAAUAACCUUCAUCUACCUGCCAGCAGAGAGACUAGCCUUUUCGAUUCUCCACAGCCCCCGAUGGAAAUGAACAACUUCUAUUUCUCACAACGGCACUGGGAAAGCAGCAUCCAUAACCAACGAACACAGAUCUUAUUUGAGUCAAGUCAACAUGUCAAAGCACAGGGCCAAUUAACAGAAACACAAAAUGCUUUUUCACGAACUGAGUCUGGCCCUCAACAGACAUUUUCACACCAGGACCAAAAACAGGAAGGAAAUCAAGGAAAUCCAGCAGGCCACGACAUCCCAGCAGUAACCUGUACGUUAGGCAAUCACAAAAGCCUCUUGCCUGAUGUCAAAACACUGUCCUCCACACACCUCGGCCAAGUUUCUUACUCUGUUCAAGUGAGUGGAGCUGCUCCUGGAUUGGCAGGGGACACCCAAGCCUCAAACAUGCUGGAUAACAAUACUCUACUGCCAUUAAAGCCUUUUACAUACCCCGAACAUGCUGAUUACCCAGACACCAAGGAUAAGGCUCCAAAUGACUACACGGGUCAGAGCAGUAACUCUGGAAGACCUGACAUUACCAACAAAUACCAGUCUUUUUUGUUUGCUGGCCAGCUUCAGGGCUACCAGCCGUCAGAGUGUCUGAGCGGUGGAGUGAGGGCUGUGCAGAGCUGCCAGGACUACACAGAAGACACCAGCAGUAGUGACGAUGAAGGGAAACUCAUCAUCGAGCUUUAGGCGAACACACACAUACAUAUUAAAUCUUGCUGUAGAUAUCUUUUUUUCAGAAAUAGGCAGAAAUAUAAUAAUAAUAGAGUUAAGUUAGUGGGCAGAGCCAAACAGCCACAUGUAGUUAGCCCUCAUGAUUUCUUUGGUUUUAAUUACAAAUGAUACAUUAAAGGUCCAGUGUGUAACAUUUGGGACAAUGUAUUGGCAGGAAUGGAAUAUAAUAUUCAUAGGUAUGUUAUGUGUAUAGUCACCUGAAAAUAAGGAUAAUUGUUUGUGUUUGUGUUAUCUAAGAAUGAGCUGUUUUUAAUCAAACAGAAGUGUGUCAUGGGCUGCAUUCUUUCUUAUGGCAGCUGCUCAGUGGCGUAUGAAGCCAGGAAAGUUUGAUUUGCUGGUAUAAAAUUACCGGAUCUUCAGCAAGCGCAAUAGAAACUUUCUCUGGCCAAGGACUGCUAACUUCCGGUUUAGCCCUCGAGCUAACUCGAACGGAGAUAAAAUGAUUUAAUCGGGUGGCUCUUCUGGACUUUACAAAUAUUGUCGAACCAAAUGGAUGAAAUUCUGAUAAAAUGAACAAAUUGCAUCCACUGUUUUAAAGCCGAUUCUCUCACAAUUUAAGCGUAUAAAAUUGGCUUCAAAGCCCGGUGCUCUUCCUGGGGAACUGGGAGUGAGUCCUCUUGUACGGAGGUCGCCAUGUUGAACUGCCAUAUUUCUACAGUAGCCUGGAAUGGGCAAACCAAACGCCUUUUGCAUUUUUCAUGAGUUUCGCUGCCACUAUAGCUUCUCCUACACACUUGGAACGGGAAGGUGAUGUAUGGGGGUUGUAAUCAGCAACUACACCACUUGAUGCCACUAAAUCUUACACGCUGGUCCUUUGUUCUUUAUUCCUUAAAUUGGAUCCAAUUUAUUGGAUAUCAUUGUGAGUAUCAAUAAAACAGAAUAGAAAGUAAGCUAAAUAUAAAACUUUAGUGAAAAUAUUCUACAUAUGAAAGUAGCCUAAAAUGUAAACAAAAACAGAACACACACAACACCAAAACAAUAAAUAUACCGUGAGCACCAAAAAGGUUACAAAGCAGCAAAAGCAAAAUAAUAAUGAAUAAUAAUGGAUAAUGAAAAGCGGCCAAGUAGAAAAACUGCUCACGUCAGCCUCCUGGUUGUAAUUCCAAGUCUGACUGUUGAAUUUGAGCAACGAUAUCUCCCACAUGAAAAGAACCACAGAAAUCAAUGAACCAGGCAGUCACAAAACAGCUGCAAAACCACUACUGCUGGCAGCUACAUCCAAAUAAAAUCCAGCAAGACAAAUGCCGUCAAUGACCAUCAUUAAAAAGCAGCAAUACACUGCUUGUAUCUGGUUUCACUUGAUAACAAACAACGGUAAUAUAACUUGUGUUUACCUGGUGUGUCUACAAAGCGGAAACACUCCCAAGUGGAAAUAACUGGAGGUUUUCCCAUCACUCCUAUUGUGCUGACAUGGUGUGAAUGCACUAUGACACAUGCAGGGACUUGCCUGCAAUGACCACAAUUCCCUGGCUUCAUUGAAACUCUAAAUAUGGUAGAAGAAUGGAACAAAAAUGGUACAUUUACUUUCAUUUUUGACCAUGUCAGUCUACAUUGAGUGCCAGCAGGUUAGCUCAGGGAGUUUGUUUUAGUAUGCUAGCUUAGUUAAUAAGCUAAAGAAAGUAAAGUCUGUGUUCGCUUUAACUGAAUGAAGGCCCCCAACUCACAACCUGAUAAUACCUGAAAAUGAACUGUUACCAUUUAGGAAUUACUGGAACAGCAUGGGUAUUUUUUGUGUUAGCAGCUAACAUAUUAGCUCCCUCAUGUCUUAUUUUGCGUGGUGUGAUGAGUGUCGACAGACACGUUGUGGCCCUUUCUGCUAUUUAACCCAACCAGUUACAUUAGUUCUGCCCCAAAGAAAUGUUGGACUUCCGUUCUGCUCACACACGCUUACACACACAUAGGUUACCACAGUUUGUGUCUACCUUCCCACACCCACUCUCUCCCCAUUCUCUCUCACAAACUGCAGUCUGUAUCCCUCUGCAACCUUCACAGACAACACCUGUGGGUGUGAAUCAUGUACACAUGCUGCCAAAUAUCCAUUGAGUUGAUCUCUGCUGUCAAUCAGAUCACCCAGGUGAAGCAGGCAUUGGCUGGAGGGGCAUGACCCUGUUCCAAGUCUGGGUUGUGUGAUGAGUCAGCAGUUAUGAAAAAGCACAGGAGCCCACAAGAACAGGAAAUGGGUGCAUGUGAAAAUUUUUGUACAUAAAUCCUCAAUUACAGCUCACGCUGACUUGGAACUCUCAGCCUAUUAGUGGUCAUAAAACAUUUUAAUGCAUCUGUUCAGGCUUGUUUGGGUUUACAUACUGUUUGACACAGAGGGAGGGCAAGGGCACAAAAUGUUUUCUUUGUCAAGUUACAAACUGAAUUAUUAUAAUUAUUGUGUUACACAUAUUAUAUUUGUUUUGUUUUCUAAUUUUUAUAUUCUUGUUACUGAUUACACAUUAGUAAGCAUAACUGACAAAACAAAUUAUGUCAUCUCAGAUUUAUUGAACAUUUUGUGUUUUCAACCGUUUGAACAAGAGGUAAAUUAAACCAUACUCAAAACCUU